CAGAACGCCCCGCAAGACCUUUUACUUGUACUUCCCCCUGUGAUCUCCGUGUAUACUUCAGAAUGGACGGCGCGGGACUUGAUAGAAUGAUGCAGCAGGUAGCCGCUCAGCAGCGGGGUCAGGCUGCACCAGGAGGCGACCACCCCAUACCGGACAACGGGGAAGUCAUCCAUAUAUCCUCUCUUGCCCUCCUGAAGAUGCUGAAGCACGGGCGUGCGGGGGUGCCAAUGGAAGUCAUGGGACUGAUGCUGGGAGAAUUUGUCGACGACUACACAGUGCAAGUUAUUGAUGUGUUUGCCAUGCCUCAGUCAGGAACAACUGUGUCCGUCGAAUCCGUGGACCAUGUGUUCCAGACUAAGAUGAUGGAUAUGCUAAAGCAAACUGGUCGGCCAGAAAUGGUUGUCGGUUGGUACCAUUCUCAUCCUGGGUUUGGUUGUUGGCUGUCCAGCGUCGACAUCAACACCCAACAAUCCUUUGAGUCCCUCAAUACCCGCGCGGUCGCUGUGGUCGUGGAUCCCAUACAGUCAGUGAAAGGAAAAGUCGUCAUUGACGCAUUUCGCCUCAUCAACCCUCACUCCGUGGUCCUCGGGCAAGAGCCACGACAAACUACGUCUAACAUCGGUCAUAUCAACAAGCCCUCCAUUCAAUCUCUAAUUCACGGCCUCAACCGUCAUUAUUACAGUAUUGCCAUUAACUACCGCAAAACUGAACAAGAGCAAGGCAUGCUCAUGAAUCUUCACAAGCGGAAUUGGACAGAGGGAUUGAAGCUGAAAGACUUCAAUAUGCAUAAGGAGUCGAAUGAGAAGGCGAUCAAGGGCAUGCAAUCUCUAUCAGAAGCGUACAAUAAGUCUGUGCAGGAAGAGUCUACGUUAACAGCUGAGCAAUUGAAGACCCGGCAUGUUGGGAAACAAGAUCCGAAGAGACACUUGGAAGAGGCUGUCGAGAAGGCGAUGGGUGACCAAGUAGUGCAGAGCUUGGGUACCAUGCUACUAGCAGAACUGUAAUCUUCUAUCUUAUCGACCGUGCUGUGCUUCGGACCGACUGUUGCUGCACGGAUGCCGUGUGUGUGCCAGUCGCGGCAUCAGUAAGUGAUACUGUUGUAGCAUCCCACCGAUCUAGCCAAAGCUAACCUCACGACGGUCGGCAUCAGGUGGUGCAGAGCAACUCUCAUGGCACAGGUAGAAACCGUUGUUCAUGUCCGCGGAGCUGUGCUAAAUCGCUUCUUUCAUAAUAGCGUCGUG